CACUUAAGAUGCCCUUGAAUGUUUAGACAGCGUGGCGUAUCUUUGUCUUUUUAUUAUUUCUGUUUUCGAAUGCUUUGGAUGUUUGGAUAAGGUUGAGCCUCUGCAGCUUCCAGUUUAAACAGUAACGAUGAGUCGUCUGGUUGUGGUAGUAUUUGUGUUGGUCUUUGCCUUAGGUGAUUAUUGCUCCGCACUUGAAUGCCCAACAUGCAUGAAAAAUGGGGCCAACCAAUGCAGCCCAUCAAAGACGAAUUGCAGCGAUGAUGCAUCACGGUGCUUCAGUAUUGAAUUCAAGACCAAGAAAGAUAAUAUCACAAGCGAUGCUGUUGUUAAAGGGUGCGUCCCUUGCAAGAACGAAACAGCCUUAUGUACUUUUGUCCAUGACAUGAUUAAGGGAGAAAGCGAAUUUGCUCAGGUUUCAAUCGACAAGUGUGAGAACGCCAACGCCACCUUUGGAAAUUCGGCCUGCCCAACUUUAAAGUCGACUGCUGAGCCGACCACCACAGCUGCUCCUACAACAAUGGGUGGUGGAUCUCUAGUAGCUAGUAACGUGAUGAUUGCCUGCGCUGUUGGUUUUAUCAUGUGUCUUUUGAAACUUGGUUACUAGUUCCUGACGAUCUAAACGUAAUGUUAAGGGCCUAUGGUACUAUAUUUUGAGUCCGUUGCUAGGAAAAUGUGUUUGUUUUAUAAAAGCUUCUGCUUUUUGUCAAAUCUCUUGGAACUUUCAACAUAAGUGUUUUAGGCAUAAAUGACAAGUGAUGACGUCAUCUGAUCCCUCCCAUGGUCACGUGACCCAGAACAGAAAAACGAGUAAGAAAAGCUACUGUUCAAAUCUAACAAUUUUUUUUUUUGCAGAAAUAUUUUAACAUCACUAUUUUCUAAAACUUCACGCAUCGGAUUUGCAAAAUUUUGAUACCGCGAGAAAUGGCGAAUUUUUAUGUUCUUCGAAAACCAUAUAUUUGGUAAUAACUUUCUUAUUUCCUCAAAAAUCCCAUGCGCUAAAAUGUUAGGAAUAGUAAUAUCAAUGGUUUGAAUGAAACAAAAUCACAAUUGUUGUAAAAUGUUCAAAAUUAACGUGUUUCUCUCGCGCGGAAAUGGCCGCCAUCUAUUUUUAUUCUCGAAAAACAUAUAAAAAUUGCAUUUCCUUCUACAAAAUGUCGAAAGUUUAUUUUAAUCUCUUGGAAAAAAAGAACAAAGAAAGUUAGAACUGGAGUUUCGAAGAAAAUAAAAAAAAGACUCGACCGGGGAUUGAACCCGGAAAGCUUGCUUACGAGUCAAAGAGGCUAACCACUGGGCCACGGAAUCAAGUUGGAAAGCGUGCGGCGAUUUUAGUUUAGAAUAAAGCGCUUUUCCCUUUCGUAGCAACGAGAUAGUACCAUAGGCCCUUUAAUCGUUUCAGCAAUACAAUACAAAUUAAUGGGAGUGAAACGUGUUUUUAUUGCCUUAGCUGCUUAGGCAGCUGUCAUUUUUUACUAGGGGGGGGGGGGGGGGGGGAAUAUGUACGGGAGGGCUACGUUUUUUUGCGGGAUUUACGGGGUCAAAUUUUUUGGGCACCGCAUUUAGGGUAGGUUUGAAUAUAAUACUGAGCAAGAGAGUCAUUGUUCACUAGCGAAAGUAAAGAUUCAUACUAAAAUUAAAUAGGACAAAAUUGCAAUGCUUGCUGAUCUAUAUUUUAAUAAAGGUUAUAUCCAGUUACUCAGUA